UCACAAGAUAAAGUUAUAUCCGUUUAUCUUUUAUAACGUCAUAAUAUCAGUUAAACUUGCGAUUGCGAAUGGAAGCACUCAACCAAAGGGGUUCGGUACAAUUGCACCAAGCAUUCAAGAGAUAGAAGGCGAUCUGAUAGGUAACUGAAGUAUGACUUAACCUACAUUUGUGCAGUCACAUGACAGUAGAGGUGCUUCAGCGAAAACUUAUCAUCAUGUUGCUGUGGAUUACCUUCUGCAGCCUAUUAAGUAUCAGUUGGUGUUUAUCACCCUUUGUGAUAAGCAGUAUUAAUAAUGGCUUGACAAUAGAAGAUUUCCAGCCACAACAGAUACAUCUCUCCAUAGGAGAAACCAGUGAUACUGUAGUAGUCACAUGGCUUACACCAAGUGAAACACCUUCGUCAGUUGUGAAAUACGGCACUGAAAGAAUGAAUAAUGCAGUGCAAGGGACACUAGAUAAAUUCAUGGAUGGGGGCAGGCAGCACAGAAUUAUGUGGAUCCAUCGUGUUGAAUUGAAGAAUUUGUCACCCAACACCAAAUAUAUUUACCACUGUGGUAGUCCCCUUGGAUGGUCGGAGGAGUUUUCAUUCACAACGUGGAAAAAUGGCACUGAGUGGGCUGCAAGAGUGGUGAUGUUUGGUGACAUGGGAGCAGUUAAUCCUCAAUCUCUGCCUAGGUUGCAAGAGGAAACACAGCUUGGGAUGUAUGAUGCAGUUAUUCAUGUAGGGGACUUUGCAUACAACAUGGACUCUGACAAUGCCCGUGUUGGGGAUGAAUUUAUGAGGCAGAUUCAACCCAUUGCUGCUUAUGUGCCUUACAUGACUUGUGUUGGCAAUCAUGAAUUCAUGUACAACUUCAGCAACUACAGAGCUCGUUUCACUAUGCCUAAUUAUAGAGAUACAGAAAACCUCUUCUUCAGCUGGAAUAUGGGCCCAGUUCAUUUUGUUGCUGUCAGUACAGAGGCGUAUUAUUUCAUGGAAUUUGGACUGAAGCCCCUUUCUCGUCAGUUUGAAUGGCUCAUCAAUGACUUAGAGGUAUGUAUUUACUCAGAUACAAGUAAGAGGUAGGAUCAGAUCAUUUGU